AUGCUUGGAUAUCGUUAUCUAUGGAUUGACGCAAUAUGCAUCAUCCAGGACGAGCCAGAAGACCUACGAAACGAAAUGGCUGUAAUGGGGGACAUCUAUCGACAGUCAGCGGUGACCAUCUUCGCAGCGAACGGUCCAAACACUGAUUCGGGUCUUUUCUCUAAACGCGACGCUCGAACAAGCAAAGCCUGCAACGUUCCAAUAACGCUGAAAAGGGACAGCAAGCUUCUACAUGGCGACAUAUCCAUAAAGAUGGGAAAAGACACAUCUUACGACUUUUUGAAUUCAAGAGGAUGGGUCCUUCAAGAGGAGGUUUUAUCUGGACGUUUAGUCGCUUUUGGGCCCAGUAUGGUCGAUUGGCGUUGUAUGGAAACUCACACGUGUGAAGGUGGUACGACACUCAACAUAUCAAACUCAAUUGACAUUAGUCAUAAUGACAAAGAGAUGCUGUUCGAGAUGCCAAACGACUUGAUGCGAUCGGUAGUGCGGCGUCCAGACCUCUUUGACAAAUCCUUGCCUUCCUCAGAUGGCUUUCGACACACCCAUUUUGAUACCUGGUACGAGAUGGUUCGCGCCUACAGCCGUAGAGAACUGAGUGUUCAUUCCGAUAAACUACUUGCAAUUGCAGGCUUGGCGAGGCUCAUGCAAAAGAACUAUGGUCUUACAUAUGCUGCCGGAUUGUGGAAAGAGGACCUGCAGGUUGGCCUCUGCUGGUGGGUGAACACUGGAACUCAUUCGAGCGAAGUGGGGUCCACCGACGAAGAAUCUUUUGAGUACCUUGCGCCAACUUGGUCGUGGGCUUCUGUACAUGGCGGGAGUAUUUCUUUCACUGCCGCUCGUAGAGAAUGUCUCCCAGAAAGAGGCAUACAGGUUCUUGGUUUGGAAGUCUCACAUCUUCCGGGAGCUCUUGCUGCUUUCGGUUGUAUUACGUUCGCCAAACUAACUAUCCGCACAAGAAUGCGAAGGGCAAUGUUAGUAGCGGAUUCAGCAAAUCUAGGGCUCAGCAUCCCGGGUGGAACUAUAAACGACGAUUUUCAUUGGGGCGUUUAUGCCUUUGACCCACUGACAAAGUCCUUGGUCGGACACGUAUAUCUCGAUUCGAUGCAACUAUACGAGGACGUGUCAAGACAACAUCAAGACCCCCAGAUGGGCGAAAGUUGCUCUCUAGCAGUGGAAGGUACCGCCGGUCAGGCUUCUCGUACCCAUCAGUCUUUUUCUAGUGGAUUUGGAGCCUGGUGCGUACCUUGCCUUGUGGAGACGUGGGAUGAAGUACAUCGCGAGAUGUCAGCUCUUAUCCUGACUGAAAGCAACGCCGCUAAACACGAAUAUCGCAGAAUUGGCUUCAUGAAAGUCAAGAACCUGGAUUUCUUCCCGGACGACAAUUUCUACAAUACGUUCGUUGUUGAUGAGAGUCUACGACAAGAUUUUGAGAUAAUUCACAUAGUGUGA